AUGCAUCUCAUCCUCGCCGGAGCCACAGGGCUCGUGGGCUCGGCCGCGCUCGACGCCAUGCUCAAGAUAUCCGAUGUCACACGCAUCUCCAUCCUAAGUCGGCGUCCGGUGCCAAUGGCCGAAGCAGCCAACGACGCUCGCAUCAACGUCGUUAUCCACACGGACUUCUCAUCAUACGACAGCAAUGUUCUCCAAAAACUCAGCGACGCCGACGGCUGCGUGUGGGCCCUGGGCAUCAGCCAAACCCUCGUCGGCAAAGAAGAAUACAUCAAGAUCACUAAAGACUAUGCCGUCGCUGCGGCCGAAGCCUUCCAGAACAUCCCCUCCACGACCAAAAAACCCUUCAACUUCGUCUACGUCUCCGGCCGUGGCGCGACCUUCACCCCAGGUCUCAUGACGCCGCUCUACGGCCGCGUCAAGGGCGAGACGGAGCUUCUGCUGGCCGAGAUGCGCCGCAAAAACCCCGACUUCCGCGCUGCCACGGUGCGCCCCGCGUGGGUGGACGACGCCGACCACGCCGCCAUCAAGCCCUACAUACCGGGCGACAAGGGGUUCGUGCUUAGGAGCAUCACGGUGGGCGUGCUGGGGCCCGUCGUGCGAGUGGCCAACAAGGCUUCGUGGUCGCCGACGGGGCCGCUGGGCGUGCUGUUGACGGAAAUGGCCUUGGGGCGGUUCGACGAUGAGCAGGCGUGUGCAGGCAAGGGGUAUCACACGCUGGAUGGGGGGUUUAAGGUUGUUGACAAUGUGGGGAUGCGGAGGUUGGGCGGGUGGGACGAGAAGAAGUGA